GUGGUCGGAACGUGCCUGUGUUUUCAUGCAUGUUGGAAACAGGCGGAUCAUGGAUGUGUCUGUAAGCUGUUAAUCAAGAUUUUGCCUUCUUUUUGCUGCCGUGUGAGGAAUCCUAACUGGAUAUAAUAAUCUUGUGGACGCUAAGACACGUUAAUACAGACAGCUCUACUGUCAUUUACCAUCUGAUGCACUGGGUUGUCCCUAUUAUUCAGGACCAUGCAAAGACCUGUUUGGUGACCCAACUUCUACCGGCUCCUGUGUACAGUUCAUCCUGUGUUUUUCAGGUGUUUCCUCUGCCUUGGGAUUGUCCACUGAGCAGACAUAAAGUGAGGGCAUGUGGACCCAGGAGAGAACGAGUCUCUAUCUCCUGCACAACUCCCUGUGAACCAGCCUCCACACUAAAGAGCAGAGAAGCGUUUACUGCUGUAACCGGUAGGAUGGUAGCAGGGGAAGUGAGUGGGCACAGCUUCCUGGUGGCAUGCUGGCAGCCCAUUCUAAUCUUAAUGCUGGGCACAGUGCUGUCUGGCUCCACCACAGGCUGUCCAUCGCGCUGUGAAUGUAACCCUCAGGAGCGCUCUGUCAUGUGCCAUCGGAAGAAGCUGAUGUCCAUUCCAGAGGGAAUCCCGUCGGAAACGCGACAUUUGGACCUCAGCAAGAAUCGAAUCAAAACCAUCAACCCUGAUGAGUUCUCUGCCUUUCCAAACCUUGAAGAACUGGAGCUCAAUGAAAACACAAUCUCUGCUAUUGAGCCUGGAGCGUUUAACAACCUCUACGGCCUUCGGACUCUGGGACUUCGCAGCAACAAGUUGAAGCUCAUCCAGUUGGGUGUGUUCACAGGUCUCAGUAACCUCACAAAGUUGGACAUCAGUGAAAAUAAGAUCGUAAUUCUGCUGGACUACAUGUUCCAGGACCUCUAUAACCUGCGCUCACUGGAGGUGGGGGAUAACGACCUUGUCUUUAUAUCCCACCGAGCGUUUCAUGGCCUCAGCAGCUUGGAGGAGCUCACACUGGAAAAGUGCAACCUGACCUCUGUCCCGACAGAGGCCUUCACGCACCUGCACAGCUUGGUUACUCUGCGUUUACGAAACCUCAAUGUCAACAGCAUCAGAGACUACAGCUUCAAGCGACUCUACCGUCUCAAAGUUCUAGAGAUUGCCAACUGGCCCUACCUGGAUACAAUGACCACCAACUGCUUGUAUGGAUUGAACCUCACAUCUCUAACUAUCUCCAACGCAAACCUGACGUCAAUUCCGUACUUGGCUUUGCGUCACCUGGUUUAUCUCCGGUUCCUCAACAUGUCUUACAACCCCAUCCAGAUGAUCGAAGGCAACAGGCUUCAUGAUCUGCUCAGGUUGCAGGAGUUCCAUCUGGUGGGUGGACGACUGACAAUGAUCGAGCCGUACUCUUUCAGAGGACUCAACUAUCUGAAAAUCCUGAAUUUGUCCAGCAAUGCCCUGACCACCCUGGAAGAGUCUGUAUUCCAUUCGGUGGGAAACCUGGAGACCCUUGCGUUGCAUGAUAACCCACUGGCGUGCGACUGCCGUCUGCUUUGGGUCUUCCGACGUCGCUGGCGACUCAACUUCAACCGCCAGCAGCCCACCUGCUCCUCACCCGAGUUCGUUCAGGGUAAAGAGUUUAAAGAUUUCCCUGAUGUCCUUCAACCCAACUACUUCACGUGUCGCAAGUCAAGGAUCCGAGAACGGAAGCCGCAGAAGAAGUUCGUAGAUGAAGGCACCACUGUCCACUUCGUGUGCCAAGCAGAUGGAGACCCAAUGCCCGUCAUCAUGUGGCUAUCGCCUCAGAAACAGUUCAUCACCACCAAAACAAUUGGACGGCUUACCGUUUUCCCCGACGGCACUCUAGAGGUACGCUACGCUCAGAUUCAGGACAAUGGAACAUAUGUGUGCAUUGCUAGUAAUGCUGGUGGAAACGAUACUGCUUUGGCCCACCUUUACGUCCACAGCUACUCCCCAGAUUGGCCCAAUCAACCCAACAAAACUUUGGCAUUCAUCUCCAACCAACCAAACGAUAAUGGAUCCAACGGAACGAGAGCAACCGUCCCAUUUCCGUUUGAUAUAAAGACGCUAAUCAUCGCCACCACCAUGGGUUUCAUUUCCUUCUUGGGUGUGGUUCUGUUCUGCCUGGUUCUGCUCUUCCUCUGGAGUAGAGGCAAAGGCAACAGCAAACACAAUAUUGAGAUAGAGUACGUCCCACGCAAAUCGGACGCUGGGAUGAGCAGCAGUGGUGCCGAUGCCCCUCGGAAAUUUAACAUGAAAAUGAUAUAAUCCAGACAGGGAGCUCAAAGGACCCUUUCAAAAACAGACUUAUAAAGACAGAUACAAAAGAAUCCCUGCCUGAAGAACCUCUGGCUCUGGAGAGAGCUCCCCGUAGAGGAGGUGUAUUUUCCCUCUCUCAACUCAGAAGACUGAUGUGCGGCACAGGGGCUUGUGCUUUUGUUCAAUAUUGAACAUGAGAGAGGGGAAAAUGAACCCUCAUGCGUACUCCUCUGUGAUGGCCGCUUAAACUCUGCCAAUGGGGACCAAAGGAUUUUGUUUUAAAGUACUUAAGUUUCUGUGGAUUUUUAUGGGCAAAAACGUGAAAAAACAAACAGAACCUCCAAAAUUAUUUGUGUCAACCUCCAGAAUGCAAAGGCAGAGCAUCCAUAUCCCUGCUGCCUGCAUCCUCUUAAUUUGUUUGUUCAUUUAUUUCGUUUAACCCAUUUGUUUGAUUUUUACUAAAGCAAAUAGUUUUAUGAAAGAAAAACAUGGAAAAUCAGGAGUGAAAAGCACAUUAACAAAACUAACAGCUGAAUUUGCCCAGUAUCAUCUUCUAUAUUAUGUUAAACUGCACAAUGUGGAAUAUAAUAGAUUAUGUUGGAUAAAAGUCCUGCCAUAUAGUUACAGAAAUGUUUAUAAGGCAACUUUAAUGGAACAUUUCUUUCUUUGUACCUGUACUCUGCUGUUUCUUUUCACUUUGCUUUGGGAUUUCUGUUUUAGAUGUAUUUGUUGAGUAAGUUGAGAAGUUUUCAUUAAAGGAACAUUGAAGCUUUGUAGUGACACCUAGAUGAACAGGUACAGGUUGUUUGGUGUUGGAUUAAUGGCAAGGUAAGUGAAAUCAGCGGCAAUUAUGUGAUAUUUGUGUGUGUGUGUGUUUAGCUUUGAUUUUAUAUAGGCUGCAAUGAGCAUAUCUGUUGUGCCUGGCCAUAUUUUAACCCAUUUACCAGAACACAAUGUCAGAUUCUGAUCUAACACGCUAUUAUUCUCUGUCAACGCUUUGAAUCAACAAGUUUUAUUCCCCCAAAUGCAACACUGAGACUGUCUAGCUGUGUUUGAGAUUGUUUGUAUGUUUGUGACCGAAUCAUUAAUUUCAUAAAAAGAUGUGUUCGAAAGCCCAAAAUGAUCCACAGUCGAUACCACUGCUGGGUCUCACACCUGUCUCUUGGUCUCAGAUCUGUAUUCUGGGUCUUUCACCUAUUUUUUGGUUUACCUUAGUAUUGGUGCCCAAAGAAAUGUUCUCAGAUGUUAGCGCGUCAGUUUUAACGUUAUCCAGCGUAUCUAAGGAGGCAAACAGUGCUGAUUUGGUAUGUUUGUAAUAGCGCAAUGUUGAUUGUGCCAGUCAAAUAUCGCUACGUUUUGUAAAAAAGGUGCAAAAAUCUAUAAUGAGCCUAAUUUACUUAGAAUGGAAUUUCAAUUAAACUGGAUUGCUGGUGGUUAGUGAAUAAAACACAGGUUUUUGCGCUGAACUACAACAUACAAAAAUGCCGCAACAUUUCAGGGAAGUCCAACUGUCUGUUUAGUGUGUGGGUAAUCUGGGCCAUGCAGGCCAGUUGAUUUCUGUAGAGCUGUGUUAGUGCACUUGAUUUUGCUGUAGUGUGGAUGGGUUUCACCUCACUAAGUGAUUUGUACUGCUGACUGAUGCCACAGAUGGUAGAAUUGCACAGAUGGUUUAACCCUUACUGAUCCACUUUAGUUAAUCUGUGACACGCGCGCACAUACACUCCUGAAUCUCUCUGAUCCUCUGCCUCUGUGUUCUACCUGCAGUUUCCAUCCUAUUACAUCUUAUACAUCUAUAUCUGACCACUGCCCUCUCUGACAUUCAACCCAGGAUGAUAAUGUGUAUUCAUGUGGUCCAUAAUAUUAUUUUAUCCUGAUGAAAAAAAAAAUUAUAAAAGAUCUGAGGUGAAAAAAAAAAUCUAGUAUGACAAAUGUUUAAAUUGUUCUGUGCAAUAAAGGUAAUAUGCUUUUUUUUCCUUUUUUUGUUUUUUUUUAAUUAACAAAAUUUUAUUGAUGUUGAAUUGUUAAAAAUAUGGUAUGUUGUAUUAAACAAUCUAUGGAGAUUUUUUUACCAAAAA